AUGGACUGGCGACUGCUUGAGUACGCCGAUGAAGCGGAAGAGACCGCCAAACGUCUUCUUGCCUUCGAGGGCGAGAUUCCGCAAUAUCGAAAAAACAUCAGAGCACAUAUCGCCGAACUCUACGCCAUCUCACACGCUCUCCAUGAGUUGCAUGAUGAUCUCGAUUUGUCACGUUACGGACGUAACGCAGGCUACAUUUUGAAAGAUCUCGAGGUUUGUCUUUCGAGUCUGGAUAUCACGCUUGCAGACGUCCAAGAUAUCUUUGGCAAGUCCAAACGAAAUCGACACUCAGCUCCAGGUGCAUUCCCCGGCACACCACCGUAUGCCAUAAUAUGGGAAGACGCACUCGCGGACUUUGAGACACAAGGCAUGACCUUGCCCCGGAGGUUUGAAGCCGUAAGAGAGUAUCUCCAGUUCAUGCACGAUGCUCUGAAAGGGCAUGAGGAUGAAGGACAAUUGGCAAAGUUCAAAGUCAUGCUAUCGAAAUUGCUAAAGAAGCAAAAGCCAAUCGAUUCAUAUUUUACCAAACCAGCUGGGCAAGGCAGUGGCAAGGGCAGUGCCAGAACUCCAAAGCCGUCUUCUCCAAAGGUGCCUAGACCCAAGAUACGUAGUCACCCUACGUACCCCUCUACACAGUAUGUGUACCAGGCGCCUUUGCCCCCACCAGUACCACAACGAGCCCAUACACCACAACGAGCUCAUAUUGCCCCAACGUGGGGUGGCAUUGGCAUAGGGGAUAUACCGUAUAUUCCACCACCGGUGCCGGAGAUCCCUCUAUCACCCACAUCAUCGGCUGCCUCAUCACACGCGUACUCUACUCAAUCAACCGACUCGGAGCCUGUCGCCCACUGGGCUAUGAAGAUCUUCGACGGGCGCCAUACCACAACAUCGUUCGAAACCUUUGCGGAACCUACAGAAUGCGUUGGGCCCGAGGAACCCAAUGUUAUCCAGAUGCUUGAGGCUGAUGGGUUUCAACGGGUCGUUGAGCUACCUUUCGAAGCUGCCAGCGUAUUCGUGAGGAUAUAUUGGCGGCCUCACGAUGAACGUGCAAGGAUGAUCUUCCUCACCAAGGAUACGAGUGGAAAACGUAUGCGACACCAAAUGCUACUCACCUCAUUGGUAUUGCGACGCUCGGAUUCAUGCUUGAAGCUCUGCACAAAGAACCAUAGAGAUGGUGGAUUGGAUCUAUGGGCUAGGCUACGCUUUACUCUCUACGAACGCAUGGUCCUAUUUUACUGUACUACCGUUGCUAUGAAGCGACAGGAUCAGAAGGGCGUUGCAGAGGGACUGGAUGAUAUGUCCAACCCCGGAGACGGGGAAGAAAUUGUAUUCAGUGGUGAAACCGUCGACCACAAAUACAAACAUGCUUUCCGUGUGUAUCGCGACCACGAUUCAGGAUGCGUACGUUUCGAGGCUACAGCUCGCCGGGGGCCAAUGAAGUCAAUUCCCAUUUGGACCGCUUUCGUCACGCAAUACAUUGGACGGAGGGACUGGAUGAAGCGUACUAGUCCAGACACGAUUGAGUUCCAGAAGCUCCAUCCAUAUGUGUUCUGUGAUAGCUACAAGGUGCCUAAGAGUUCCAAGGGCGGUAAGUAUCAGUUGACGUUUACGUUGGCCGAAGACGCGAAAUACUUCAAGGAUGUCUUCCAUCAUAUCGACGUAUCGUAGACUCGCCUUGCUGGUCUCUGAAUGAGACACACGCUAGCUCUUAACGACGUUAUGAACAAAAUGCUUAUGACUGAACGAUCACGACCACGACCACGACCACGACUGAACGAUGAACAUGAGGCGGGUGGACUUUGCUUUCUGGGACAAAAUAGCUUUUGCGCGUUUCUCUUCUGGAACCCAAAAUUGACACUCAUCUUUUCUUCACGCUGUAAUUUGUCAUACACGUUCAUUUUAUAACUCUCGCGCAUAGUGUAAUAACCCAAAUUGGUAGUCUGACUCGUAGAGUCAUGAAGGAAAGGUGACCUCAGAGCUUAGACAAGGCCCCUCGG